UUUCAUCUCUCUCAUUCAUUUUUUUCGGUGAAACAAUAAAAGAAAAAAAUUUAAAUUUUUAUUCAUUUUCUAUUUGCUCAUUUUUAAUCUGGCCUAAAUUUUUAAUCUUUUAAAGUAGUUAUUCAAUUUUGAUAUAUUUCUAGCGUAAAAACUUUGUAACUCUUUUUAAUUAUUGAAGAUGCCGCUCGAUUUUGAUUAAUCAUGGAUCUUUAUACUUUUUUUUUUCUACUGGCCAUUUAUAGUAAUGGAUCCUUUUAUGCUUUUUUUUUUUUUGUGAAGUGUACUAAUCUUUAAAUACAUUAUAUCUCAUAUUGGUUUGUUUGACAUUGCUUUUUCUAAGUGUGCGUCAUGUGAACUGAAAAUCUAAAAGAAAAACAAACAUAUAUAUAUAUAUAUAUAGAGAGAGAGAGAGAGGGAGAGAGAUAGAGUUGUGAAUUUAAGAUGAAUCCAAACAUCUUUUUUUAUAUUUAAAUCCUAGAUAAUUGUCAACUUCAUCAUUCACUUGGAUGUAUAAUGACUAGAGAUAUAUUUUAGAAAUUAAUUAUAUAGAAAUUAUUUUAACAGUACUGUUAUUAAUUGUUAACGUGAGGAUCGACUAAAUAAAAAAAUAAAAAUAAAAAAUACAACCUAAGGCGCAAUUGAUUAAUGGGAGACAAUUGAUGGAUGGGAGACCAAGUGAAAUAAAGGGAACAAAAUAUGGGUUUUGCCAUAAUUAUUCCAUAUUGAAAUCAUUGGCACAACCAGCUCGACGAGAUGUCAAACACAUGCAGAGCUGCAUGACUUACGUUUUACGUAUAAAUUUUCAUUCAACUCUACUUUUUGGCGUUGUUUUAAGGUUGUGCAUUCUCAUCUUCUCUCCUCCACCCUUCUCCUUCCUCCUCCUCAAGCUCUCUCUCUCUCUCUCUCUCUCUCUCUCUCACAAUAAAAAUGGUUCAUGAUUAUGAGAGUAAGCCAUUUCAAUCGACUUCAAAGCCUGUCAAGACCUAUACUUUACAACUAAACCGUGUCUUCCAUUUUCUUUUAUUUAUUAUUGGUUUUUCCUUUGGGAUGAUAGGUUGUUUAUAUUCUAAGAGCAUAUUAUUCCCGAUAUUCACUUCACUGCCUACUGUAUAUUCUCUCUCUUCUUCUUCUUCUUCUUCUUCUUCUCCUCCUCCUCCUUUUCCGCUGCCGCAGCCACCACCAUCAUCACUGCAACAUGUACCGUCAGAGUUUAUUGAGACAAAUAUGACAUCUGACAGAACUACCAUCGUUUCAAGUAAACGACAAUCCCUCAUGCAUAAUAUCAGUGACGAAGAGUUGUUACUGAGAGCAUCCACGGUUCCGAUUCCAGUUGAAGCAAAAAUAGUUCCAAAAGUGGCAUUUAUGUUCUUGACAUACGGACCACUUCCGUUUGCUCCUUUGUGGGAGAAGUAUUUUCAAGGGCAUGAAGGCCUUUACUCCAUAUACGUGCACCCACAUCCCUCCUACAAUGACUCAUGGCCUGAAACUUCUGUCUUUUAUGGUAGAAGAAUCCCUAGCCAGCCAGUCUACUGGGGAACUGCAUCAUUGUUAGAUGCAGAGAGACGCCUAUUAGCAAACGCCCUUCUCGACAUCUCUAAUCAAAGAUUUGUUCUACUAUCCGAGUCUUGCAUUCCACUACUCAAUUUCAAAACAACGUACAACUAUCUCAUUAACUCCAAUUUAAGCUUCGUAGAAUCAUAUGAUGAUCCAAGAAAAGCAGGCCGUGGCAGGUAUAGCCCCAACAUGUGGCCUGCAAUAAACAUAACACACUGGAGAAAAGGGUCACAGUGGUUUGAAGUGCACCGGGACCUUGCUAUUCACAUUGUGUCCGACGAUAAGUAUUACCAACUUUUCCGAGAUUAUUGUCACCCACAUGCGUGUUACUCGGACGAACAUUACAUUCCAACAUUAUUGAACAUGCACUACCCAGAAAUUUCAUCGAACCGCACAGUUACUUGGGUUGAUUGGUCAAGAGGAGGUGCUCAUCCGGCCAAAUUCGGAUGGGGCGACAUUACAGAUGAGUUCUUGAAUCAGAUUCGAUACGGAUCAAAAUGUGUUUAUAAUGGUAAUACUACCUCGGUGUGCUAUCUCUUUGCUAGAAAAUUUGCACCAAAUGCUUUGGAUCCUCUGCUGCGGAUUGCUCCCUUGUUGCUUGGUUUUGAUCCUUAAGAGUAUUCUUUUAAAUGUUAGGUGAAGUGUAUAGGAAAAGUAUCCCCUCAAAAUACAUUUAUAUAGUUAAGGGUCCGUGAUUUUUAUUUUGACAUAGAUUUGUAUUAUUUUUUUCUUUUAAAUUUGAUAUCCUACCAAUUACUAUCAGUAGCUUUUAAAAAAAUAUAUAUUUUUAUGAUAUAAUAUUAUGAAAAUAAAGAGUUCUAAUAAUAAAAUUGUUAUU